GCAGACAACAUACACGGAAUUAAAGGUAUGCUGGUUUGAGCCGUUGGCCGUAGUUUGAACGCAGAGCUGCGGGGAAAUCUGCAAUCAUCUGGUUUUAUAGCGCAUGUUAUUUAACGGUUUUUAAACCAUUUUACUUCAGCACAUACUCGCAACUUAAACUCCGGGAGAUUUGUCAGUACGAGGCCAAGAUACGACAGAAGUGCGUAUUUGUUUCUGGCCUGACAUAGUUGUCGUCGGCUAGCUUACGUUAGCUAGCACAUACCGGGGCCCAGGUUAGCGGCUUCCCGAAUAGCAGGAAAUACUCGGUUUUCGGAUUUAGGCUUUUUAGGCAAAGUCGACGUGAUGGCGUGUGGAGCUACACUGAAAAGGACUUUGGAUUUCGAUCCUCUCAUGAACCCGGCUUCCCCCAAAAGGAGGCGGUGCGCCCCGAUCAUGUCUCCAGUGUCUUCUCCACAAAAGUAUCUGCGUAUGGAGCCCUCGCCGUUCGGGGAAGUGUCGUCCAGACUCACAACAGACCAAAUUCUAUACAACAUCAAACAGGAGUACAAGCGGCUGCAGAAGCGGCGACACCUGGACAGUGCUUUCCAGCAGGCUGAAAGCAGCGGCCCCCUGGACCUGCAGAACGUUCACAGUGGAUCAGCCCUGCCAGGCAUGUCUUCGGGUGCCUCAUCUCCAACCAGAAAGGAGCAGCCUUUAUUCUCCCUGCGACAGGUUGGGAUGAUAUGUGAAAGACUACUGAAAGAGCGUGAGGACAAAAUCCGGGAGGAGUACGACGAGAUACUGACGACAAAACUUGCAGAGCAAUAUGAUGCCUUCGUCAAAUUCACACAUGAUCAGCUGAUGCGAAGGUUUGGAGAGCAACCUGCUAGUUAUGUUUCCUGAGUUUCAGCAUUCAAUUUCAAAGAAUGCAUUCGCUGCAAAUUCCUCCAGGGUUUCAGUGGGUCUAGUUGGACUUUUCUCCUAUCUGUGCCAUAUCGCCUCUAUGUGGAUGCACUGCCACAGAUAUCUGUUAGUGGGAACCACAUCUGCUGUGUCUACCAGAGUUAGGAGAGCUUCCUGCUGCCAACACGUUUAAAGACUGUCUACCAGUGGCCUCUUAACUGCCAUGUCGAUAUUCAUUUGGCUUUAUUCUGAUGCCUUUGUAAGAGGCUGACUGUCAUACACACGUGGCCUUUUGAUUUAAUUUCUUGUUGGAUUCAGUUAUUUCACAGAGAGGAUGUUGAUUUGUGCAGCUUCUGUAAAUUUACAUUUUAAAAAGGGAUUGGAAACGAGUGAACAAGCAAAGAAACUCUUCAGACUGGACUCCAUGAACAUCUCUGCUUGUUUUCAGCAGUGUGGUUGUUGCUAUUCAAAUUGUAAACACUGUAUUUUUUUAUUUUUUGCUUGCUGUUUGUUCAUUGUACCAAAAUGUAAUGUUUUUAUUUGCUGUAGUUAUGAAGAGGCUUUGAUUCAUAAAAGACGAAUAAAGUGUUUAGACAAGUU